AUGAAGAUUCUAACAGCUGAAGAAAUCAAAGAACAAAAGGCAUACACCAUGAAGGGGGGCCUAAUCGGUGCCCUGGCAGGGUUCGCCACGUCAGCGGUUCUUUUCAAAGUGAUGCCUAGAAAAUAUCCAUCUUUGAACAUUACAAGGUUGCCCUACUCUGUGAAGACCGCCUUCUGGAUUACUCCACCAACGGUGCUAACGGUUAUCCUUGCUGAAGAAGCCUCUAACAAAUAUGAUGCUUUGAAAUAUAGUGCUGAACAGAAUGAAUUCCAUGACUCCGUUCAUGAUGCUCAGAAACAAUUGGCCGUGCCAACCAUAAAUGAAAAGUUGUUUGAAAAGGUCUACGUGAACAAGUAUAAGAUUAUUACCGCUGCUUGGGCUGGUUCCCUUUGGGGGUCUUGGGUCUUGGUCAACAGAGAUAAAAUCAUGACAACGUCGCAGAAGAUUGUUCAGGCAAGAAUGUACGCUCAAUUUAUUACGGUGGCUUUGUUAUUAGCAUCUGUUGGGUUGAGUGUUUAUGAAAACAAGUUGCAUCCUAAUAAGCAAAACUUGAAGGAACAACAUCGUUGGGAGAAAGCCUUGAAGUACGCUGAGAGACAGGAGGAGGCUGAGAAGAACAAGACUGGGUUCGUUUCCAAUGAGGAAAGAAUCAGUUCUCAAAUCUUCAAAUAA